CCUAUUCUCUUCAAAUUCCAAUUUCGAAAGUCUCAUUUUUUUCUCUUAGAAAUCUCAAAAUCUCUCUUUCAAAUUUUCCAAAAAUUCAGUAGUUUUUCUUUUGAGUGAUGGAUUCUCGGGAGACUUCAUGGGCGGAUCAGUGGGACUACAGCGAUCCGCAACCAGUUACGAACUCGAAGACGAACAGCCAUGGCGGAGGAAACACAGCAAAGUACAAGCAGAAGGUAGGCGAUGGACUCGUCAAGACCAAAGCUGUGGCUUCUAACGGCGUUAAGAAGGUCAAAGAUGGCGCUUCUGUUGGUUUCCAAUGGAUCAAGCAGAAAUACCAUAAUACCACCCACAAGAACUGAUAUCGUUUCGCUCUUCCAUCUUCUUCUUCUUCUUUUUUCUGGUUUUUUAAUUUUCUCUUAAAUUAAUACUGAUUUGUUUUUAUUCAUCUUAUGUAUAACAUAUGUAUAUUGUUUAAUUUUAUUUUUUUCUAUUUUUGUUGUUGUUUUCGUUGAAUUUUUGUUAAUUCAUAUGUAUUUAUUCAAUAUCAUAUAAUUUGAUUGUAAUUAUUAAUCUA